UAACUGCUACCUGUGUGUUCCUGUUUAUGUAGGAUAUAUUUUAUACAGAUUGUAAACACUUUUCCGUUCACCUUGAGAAAACCGGCAAGAUUUAUUAAGGCAGUUGCUGAAUUUAGACUGCAGCAAACGUCCAAUGGUGUUUCUCCACAGAUGUUAUUGAGCGUUUGGCAUUGCAGGUAGUAAGGUAACACAGGUACUUGUUUUUUUCCCCCCCAAAAACACUCCUUCUCUGCUCCCUACUGCCUUCUUAUGUUGUGAACUACACCUUUCACCUACAGGAAGUGCACAUUCUGAGCUAACUGCAGUCCUUUACAAACAGCCUGCAGUGUACUGCUCUGAAAUUUAUCCAGACUGGAGCAGGUAACAAAACAAAAUGGCUUCUAGGUUUUCAGAGAAGGAUUUGUCCUGUCCUGUUUGCUAUGACAUCUAUAAGGAUCCUGUUGCUCUGAGCUGCGGUCACAGUGUGUGUAAAGUGUGUUUGCAGCGGUUCUGGGAGACCAAAAGUGUCAGAGAAUGUCCUAUCUGUAGGAGGAAGUCUUCUCGAGAAAACCCUCCCUUUAACUUGGCCCUUAAGAACCUGUGUGAGACUUUCUUACAGGAGAGAUCUUCAUCAGCAUCUGAAACAGUCUGCAGUUUGCACAGUGAGGAACUCAAACUCUUCUGUCUGGAUGAUCAACAGCCGGUUUGUAUAGUGUGUCGAGAUUCAAAAAAACACAGUGACCACAAAUUUCACCCCAUUGAUGAGGCAGCAACAGACUAUAGGGAGGAGGUCAACACUGAAUUAAAACGCCUACAGGAGAAGUUGAAGAACUUUGAAGACUGCAAACUGAACUGGAGUCAGACUGCAGAACAUAUAAAGAUUCAGGCCCAACACACAGAGCAUCAGAUUAAGGAGCAGUUUGAGAAACUUCACCAGUUUCUACGAGAUGAAGAGGCAAUCAGGAUCGCUGCACUGAGAGAGGAAGAGGAGCAGAAAAGUCAAAUGAUGGAGGAGAAGAUUGAGAAGCUGAGCAGAGACAUAUCAUCUCUUUCAGACACAAUCAUAUCCAUAGAAGAGGAGAUGAGAGCUGAAAACGUCCUGUUCUUACAAAACUACAAGGCCACAGUGAAAAGAGCCCAGUGCACACUGCAGGAUCCAGAGGAGCUUUCAGGAGCACUGAUCCAUGUGGCAAAACAUCUGGCCAACCUGAAGUUCAGAGUCUGGGAGAAGAUGCAGGACACUGUCCAAUACACGCCUGUAACUCUGGACCCCAACACUGCUCAUCCUAAACUCAUUGUAUCUGAUGAUCUGACCAGUGUGAGACUCAGUGUUGAGAAACAGAAACUUCCUGAUAAUCCAGAGAGAUUUGAUGAAGAUGAAUGCGUCUUGGGCUCUGAGGGCUUCAACUCCGGGACACACUGCUGGGAUGUUGAAGUUGGAGACUGUACACAGUGGUCACUGGGUCUAAUGACAGAAUCUGCUCAAAAGAAGGGAAAAAAAUGCAAAGAAAGUGGAAUCUGGUGUAUGUGGUAUAAGAGCGGUACAUAUGCAGCAGGUUCAACACAAUCUACUCGCCUCUCAGUAGCACAAAAACUCCAGAGGAUCAGAGUGCAGCUGCACUGGGAAAGAGGAGAGGUGUCAUUCUCUGACCCUCUCACAAACACACACAUAUACACAUUCAAACACACAUUUACAGAGAAAGUACUGCCAUUUUUAAUUAAUACGUAUAAAGAGACUUCUUUGAAGAUCCUCCCAGUUCCGUGCUCUGUAUCAGUGAAUCAUUUAGAGCUAAUUAAGAAAUAAAGUAUUAUAAUCAUAUGCUUUAUUAUCAUUCUAUUAUUUGUUUUCUUUAUAUCCUUACAGUCUGGUUUGUUCUGUUGUAUCAAUAAUUAUAAUUCAGUCUUGCACAGACCUACAAUGUACAGUAUAAGUACAGUAUACAUGUUAUGUAUUUAAUUUAAUCACGUCAUAAUUUCAUUGCUGAUUUUCUUGUUACAAGUGCUAUAAUUAUCUCUUUUUUUUUUUUUAAACAUUUCAUUGCUACCAAAACUGCUCAGGGCUGACCUACAGCUUUUCAAAAUACAGCUAUUAAAGCUAUUUAAAUUAUGUGUAUAAUUGUGUAUAUAAGGCAUUUAUCUGUCUUUUUCAGUUAUCUGUAGAGGUAUGCCAAUACACUCAGGUCAUUAUUUCAAUUCAAUUUAAAAAAUAUUUU